GGGACACACACUCACUCACUCACUCACGUCCCACCACCUGACGAAGGAAGGACGCUCCAGACUCUCCCGCGCUCCCUCUCACUCUCCCUCCUCCCGCAGACAUGAAGGUUAUGCUGGUUCUCGCCCUGGGUCUUGUCGCGCUGGUCGCCGCCCGCCCCAAUGACAUCUUUGACUUCGAAGGUGAUGACGCCGAGCACGAGCAGGAGGGCGCCGCUGGACACUCAGUUACAGGCGAAUACAAGUGGGAGAGUCCUGAAGGCACAGAGUACGUGGUAAAGUACAUCGCGGACGAUAAGGGAUACCGUGUUCUCGAGUCCAACGCUGUGCCUUCCGCCAACGGUCUCAGCGCCACAGGGGAGCAAGCCGACCUGGAGGGAGAUGACGAUGAGGAGGAAGAGGAUGAUGACUAGACCAGAUGAUACUUGAUGUGUGAAGAACUUAUGAAGGAUUUUUGAGUUAGUUAAGUGGUCAAGGCGUAAUGGAGAGAUGAUGGUGGUGCUUGUGGUGCAGGAGGAGGAGGAGGAGGAGGAGGAGGAGGAGGAGGAGGAGGAGGAGGAGGAGGAGGAGGAGGAGGAAAAGAAGUGAGAGGACGAAUUAUGAUCUUCCUUUUUUUUCUUUUCUUCUUCUUCUUGGAUUUGGAGGUAAAGAAGUAAAAAGAUUAACAAUAAUUUUUCUAUGCAUCUAUCUUUCAUUCCUCCUCCUCCUCCUCCUCCUCCUCCUCCUCCUCCUCCUCCUCCUCCUCCUCCUCCUCCUCCUCCUUCCCUUCUCCCAAGUCUCUCGGCUCUUCAUAUGUACAAGAAUUAUGAAUAAAUUAUUUAUUACAAAAAGAAA